GGGAGGUGGUGACAGACGAAAACUCGCGUUUGAUGCUGACACGGUAAACCAGAUGAUGAUACUGUGUACGGUUGUUGCAUCGUUCAAACUUUUCGUCCAAAGCAGCGUUUGCCACCUUCCUGUUUUGCGGGGGCGGUGUGGACAAGUUCCGACCCAGGAGCAGAAAGGCGUCCAGGCGGACCAGUAACCGCGGGGCGGGGGUGCGACCCGGCUGACCGUGGGGAUCGAAGCAGCAGAUCUGCUGUCCCAUUGAACCAGCGCAACAUGGUUCACGUCAAGGGAAACCCGGGGUCAGGAAAACAGAAAAAAAAGCUGUGACUAUCCUGAGUGACAUUGCAGGAAAAAGGAGAAAUAGCUCACUGCUGAGCCUGCGCUUGGGCGCUGAAGGGCUUCUGAGGCAGAAUCUGCAGAGUGAGAGCAGACGGGUCCAAGGGAUCGCCGGCACGCUAGAGCUUUAACUAGAAGCAACUAUAGAUCAAUAAAGUCGAAGUAUGAGCCGAUUUUGGAACCAGUUGCAGGCUGGCAGUUCUGAAGUGGACUGGUGUGAGGGGAAUUACAUGAUCGUCUCAAACAUUGCUGAAUUUUACAACACGAUCAGCAAUGUUUUAUUUUUUGUGUUGCCACCUAUAUGCAUGUACUUAUUUCGACAAUAUGCAACAUGUUUCAACAGUGGGAUAUAUCUAAUUUGGACUCUGCUCGUUGUUGUAGGUAUAGGAUCAGUUUACUUUCAUGCAACAUUGAGCUUCCUUGGUCAGAUGCUAGAUGAACUAGCAAUCCUUUGGGUUUUAAUGUGUGCCCUGGCUAUGUGGUUCCCAAGACGAUAUUUGCCACGGAUUUUUCGACGAGACAGGAGCCGAUUUAAGGCUGCAGUUGGCAUUCUAUCUGGUGUUGCCACAUGUCUUGCAUUUGUGAAACCAGCGAUCAAUAACAUCUCAUUGAUGACAUUGGGUGUUCCCUGUACAGCUCUACUUAUUGCUGAAUUAAAAAGGUGUGAAAAUGUUCGUGUGUACAAGUUGGGUCUCUUAGCAGGUUUUUGGUGGGCUCUUGCUCUAUUGUGCUGGAUUAGUGAUAACCUUUUCUGUGAACUUUGGUCUGCAUUCAACUUUCCAUACCUACAUUGUGCCUGGCAUAUCUUGAUCUGUCUGGCUGCUUAUCUGGGUUGUGUCUGUUUUGCUUAUUUUGAUGCUGUCUCAGAAAUCCCUGAACAGGGCCCAGUCAUCAAGUUCUGGCCUAGCGAGAAGUGGGCCUUCAUUGGUGUUCCAUAUGUUUCUCUCCUUUUUGCUGAAAACAAGUCUCAGCUAAAAGUCACCUAAGAGGAAAGUGACAGAUAUGGCAGCACGUUAUUUUGAGUACAAGCUUUGGAAAACUUUAUCCCAUGAGGCUGGGGGUGCCUCCCAGUUUAUGUAUUUUGCACCUUAGAUCAAAUUUAUCUUCCUGCUUAUACACUCCCUCAGGGGGCCAUACUUUAAACCGAUUGAAACAAACUGUUUACGAGGGGGUGAAAGUUGCUUUUGCAUCCAAAUGGAAAUUAUGGCAGGAUAACAGCAUUUUUUUUAAAAAAAGAAAAAUGUGUUUCAGAAAAUACUGUGAAAUAAUUUUUUGGAAGUUCAAUAGAUUUCUGUAAUUACUCUUAUUAGUGCAGCACUCAAAGCUUUAUUUCUAAAAAAUACUUUGAAGGAAAAUUUGUACAUGUUUUGAAAACUUCAGGGAAAUUUAGCUCUCAAAAGGGUUAUUUUUAGGCUACUGGCUUGGAAUGAGAUUUAAUGCAUGCUUUUGAAGACAUGCAGACCACUUUGUUGCAAUAUACUUUACGUCAGGAAAUCAACUUUUGAUGGAACCUUAAGAUUUUUAAAGGAGGAAAAUGAUUCUAUUACCAUAUUAUUUGAUCGUACAAUGAGAAUUUCUGAAAUUUCAAUCGGCCUCCAGUUCCAAUGUCAGUUUGUUAAUGUAGUUUUGCUAUAUGAUAAUCUACAAAACAUUUAAAGUCAAAGGUCAGGAAUUUUCUCAAAGUUCAUUCUCUUCCACUGCUGUAACUUAAGUGGGGAUGUGGUAGAAACCACAUUGACACAUGUAAAGGGGAGGAAAUCCCCAGCCAAAGAUUGAUGUCAUUAUUGUAUGUUUGAAUUUACAUUCCAUUCCUCAGGGCAAUAUUUCAAUACUUAAAAUCA